AUGUCCUGGUUCUGGUUUUAUCUGCCUCUCCAUCUUCUCAUGGCGGCUUGCUUGUGUCAUUCCAUAAAAGCACCCACCACCAGUUCCCAACAAAGCUUCCAGACAGCUCUCUUCAACUUCUACCACUCCCUGAUACUUGCUGAUGGCAAGGAGACGACAAUCCACCUGCUGAAGGAUAUACCUAAAAGGUAUUACUUUGUUUUGGAGGAAGGCAGAGCCCUUGCACCUUUCACAAUAACAGUGACCCCCUGUGAUGUUCCCAUUGAAUGGAGCAUACUUGAGCACAAGGCUUCAGCAAGUUUCCUCGGAAAAGCAGCACGAGGUGAUCAUGAUACACAAGAGGUCUCAAAAUCUCAGAAGGCUCCAAGCAUGGUGUCCACCAUUUUUAACUAUAAGGGAAAUUCUGUAGAGACUUACAUGGGUAUGUCUUCUCAUUCUGCCCUUUACAUGCUAGAGUUCUUGUCCACUGAGCGAGACACACACAUUACCGUGUAUUUAACCACUGACACAUCUGGGCACCUCUAUCCAGAGCUUCCAAUGGAUCCACGCAUAGAUGUUAUUGGCAUUGGGCAUACAACAGUGACUCUGACCUGGAAACACAGUCCCUCUGUCUUGCAACAUAGAGAAAACAUCCAGUACUGUCUUCUGGUUAAUGAAAAGCACAACUAUAAGAGUUUAUGUGCUGCUGAGACAGCAAUCAGAUCCUCUGGAAUGAAAUUGCCACCUGCAUUAGCUUUGUCUCUCUCUCCAUACCUUCUUGAACCUCAGCAGGUGAUGAUAUUGUCCAAUAGUGAACUGAGCAUCAUUAACAAGGUGAGCAGUGGGGAAGUCAGGCAGAUAUGCAUGGGAACCAAGAACACUUACACAGUGCCCAAUCUCAGUCCCAGCACUCAGUAUUACUUCGACGUUUUUGUUGUCAAUCUUCUCACAAAUGCCAGCGCUGCUUACACCGGGACAUUUGCAAGAACCCUGGAAGAACCUGAACCUAAGGUGAUGGAGCUGAAAGAUGGGAAAGUGAUUCAGGUUGUCCUGGAUGGGAAAAAACAGAAAUUCUACAGUCUGCAGUACCAGGCAAGGCACAAGAAAAUACAGUUCACCUUUCAGUUGUGUCGUGGCCAAGUAAGGGUUCACAUAACAAAGAACGGUAAAACAGUGGUAUCGGAAAACAUCUCGGGUCUGAGGUAUUUCUUGCUGAAGGGAAAGCUGCUGGACACAUAUUUGGUGCAGCUGAGGUCCACAGAGGAGUCUAACUCUUCUGUGAAAGUACAGGUGUCCCCCCAUUUCCACAAGCCCUUAUUCCCACUUCUUCCAGAGAGCUUGAAAAUCAAGUCCUUCAGUAAACUGAGGACCUGCAACUCUGUCACCAUCGCCUGGCUAGGAACACAAGAGGAUAGCAAGUACUGUGUGUACAAGAAAAGGAUUGAAGAAGAUCACGUCUGGACGGAACUGCAAAGCGCGGACAGGUGCUCUGGGCCUGAAUCUCGGCACAAGUCAGAGAAAGUGCUGUGCAAGUAUUUCUAUGAUAUAAAUCUCCAGCGAGCCGUCACCACAGAGACCAUCAAAGGGUUGGAUGCAGGGACACUUUACUUGUUUGAUGUUUAUCUCUUUGGGCCAUCUGGCAUCCCUGUCAGAUAUCACAGCAAAGUUGUGAAGACCAGAAAAAAGUGUUGA